CACGCCUCUUUGAAUCACGCACACGAGCUAGGACAUUGCAGGUGAAUUUUGUCUGAUGGUGGUCAGGAUAAUGAUGCCGUCGAACAUGUGAAAAGAUAAUUCUCUCUCCUGGCAUUUACACAGCUGCGAUCUAUGAGGAAGAGGAGGGGGGCAUCCGCGAGAACCUCCGAUCUGCACUCGCUGCAACGGAUUUCAUCCGAGCGGUGAUACUCGAGACGCACACAGGUGCCAAUUUCUUUCAAGUGGAGGUAAUGAAGGUAUGUGCGUGCGUAUGCGUGCAUUCACAGAGGUAUGAAUACCAACCUACUGCAUGAGAUUAAAGAUUUUCGUGAGGAAACGGCACUGCCUGCAUCGUAGAUUUAUUGGAUGAGAGAGAAAGAAGAAACAAGAGAGAGAACACGCAAACCGGGAGAGAAACUGGCAAAUGUUCAGAUUCAGAGAGGGUGAUAGAUAGAUACUCAUCAGGCGAAGCGCUGCUUUUCCGCUCAGGGAAGAGAGAGGGAGAGCGAGAGAGAGAGAGAGAGAGAGAGAAAAACAUUUGUGUGACGUGUGUGAGUGUAUGUGACAGCGUUCUCUCACCGCGCGCUGACACUCACUUCAACAGACUCAUGCGCCCUGGAGGCACAAACAGGACCCUUUGGGAGACGCACACGGCUCAUCUUGCGAGAGAUGCUCUGAAGACCCGGAGCUUGCAUGUUUUGAACUGCGUACCUGCAUAUUCUUCUGCGUCUUAGUAACAAACACAAACACGAGCGUAUACACAAACCAUGGAUUCUCUUGCCAACGACACGGACGGAUUGGAGAACUCCUUGAAGUACUCCAAGUGCGAUCAGACGGAAAAGAUGUGGAUGAGGUUUAAAGGAAUGCAGAAGUACAAAAGCACGUCUCAGAGAUUGAGAUGUCUGGUGAAACAACUGGAUAAGGGUGAAGUGAAUAUUGUAGAUCUGAGGAAGAACAUUGAAUAUGCAGCUUCAGUACUUGAGGCCGUGUACAUCGACGAGACCCGACGCCUGCUGGACACUGAAGAUGAGCUCAGCGAUAUCCAGGCAGACUCUGUGCCCAUGGAGGUGCGUGAUUGGCUGGCCUCCACCUUCACCAGGAAGAUGGGCGUGGUGCGUAGGCGACCCGAAGAGAAGCCCCGGUUCCGCAGUAUCGUUCACGCUGUCCAAGCUGGGAUCUUCGUUGAACGAAUGUACAGAAGAACGUCCAACAUGGCGGGACUGACAUACCCACCAUCUGUAAAUGCUGCUCUAAAGGAUGUCGAUAAAUGGUCGUUUGACGUCUUCAGGCUCCAGGAGGCAAGCAGCGAACACUCUUUAAAGUUCCUGGUGUACGAGCUGCUCACAAGAUACGACCUGAUCAGUCGCUUCAGGAUACCAGUUUCCUCCUUAGUGUCCUUUGUGGAAGCUCUUGAGGUGGGCUACAGCAAGCACAGAAACCCUUAUCAUAAUCUGAUCCACGCGGCUGACGUCACACAGACAGCUCACUAUCUGAUGCUACAUACCGGGAUUAUGCACUGGCUUACUGAACUGGAAAUAUUGGCCAUGGUGUUUGCGGCUGCUAUUCAUGAUUUCGAACACACCGGUACGACCAAUAACUUUCACAUCCAGACCAGAUCAGAAGUGGCCAUCCUCUACAAUGAUCGCUCUGUCCUGGAAAACCACCACGUGAGUGCAGCCUACAGACUGAUGCAGGAAGAUGAGAUGAACAUCCUGGUCAAUCUCACGAAAGACGACUGGAGAGAGCUGCGUACGCUGGUGAUCGAGAUGGUCAUGAGCACAGAUAUGUCCUGCCAUUUUCAGCAGAUCAAGACUAUGAGAAACUCACUGCAGCAGCCUGAAGGCAUAGACAAGGCUAAAGCCCUGUCUCUGAUGCUCCACGCGGCGGAUAUCAGCCACCCUGCUAAGGGCUGGAAGAUGCACUACAGAUGGACGCAGGCCCUGAUGGAGGAGUUCUUCAGACAGGGUGACAAGGAGGCCGAAUUAGGACUGCCGUUUUCUCCACUGUGUGAUCGGAAAGCCACCAUGAUUGCUCAGUCUCAGAUAGGGUUCAUCGAUUUUAUCGUGGAGCCCACGUUCUCUGUUCUGAUCGACACCACAGAGAAAAUAAUUAAUCCUCUCAUAGAGGAAGCUAUUAAAUCUGGUGGUGUCCAUAGAUUGAGCUCGACUGGUCAGGGUUCGGCAGCGGUGGUGGAGUCGGUGCAGAGACACAGCGGUCGGGGUUCGAAUGACGAACAGGGCGGCACUACAGACUACUCACUGGGCAGCAUCAAUUUGAAACGGGUCAAACACCUGUUGUCUGAGAUCAUUCAGAAUAACAAGGAGCGUUGGAAGGAGCUGUCUGUUCAAGAGUUGGCCAAUAAGGAACACGAGAGGAUCUCAGAACAGGAGGAGAAGCCCAUGAGGAACGCACAGGUCACACUGUCACACGACAGUCCGGCCAGCGGGAGUCACGAUUCGGAGUCAAAGUCCCUGAACGAACUGAACAACACAGACUCGACUCACUCUUCACAAGACUCUUUGGAUCAGAGCUCCCAGUCGCCUACGGAGGGCCAGGGCGACGCCUCACCCGAUGACCACAGCUCAGAAACUUUACCCUGGAACGGUAAAACCGCCUGACGCCUCGAUGUCGGCGCGAAGCUGAAUGUUUUCGACGUGGCUUUUGCCGUGUUUUGAAACAGAAGGAUGAUGUACAUAGCAUUGUCCUCUUUUUAUUGUUAAGCUGUUAUAAUCUUGGGCUCGGAGGUCUUAUCGGACAUCCACGGAGCGAUUCCAGGAGCAUCGUCAUGGAGACGGCAAUGUGCAGUGUUGUCAUGGCGACUGUGUUAUUGCAGGAGACGACCCUCUACCAGCCCCGGGGAGGAUUUAGCGAGUCCCUGAAUCGCAACGCUACCCAUUUGCUUUCCAGGCUUUCUCUGUUUCAAUUAGUUUGAUUUUUUUGUCAUUUGUUUUUUGUAGACUGUGCCCUUAUUUAUUGAAGAUUACGCAGCUACACUUUGCAUCACAACUAGUUUCGGGUUUUCUCAUCGAUACUGUCACGCCGUUGGGUUCUUUCGACACGUUAUGUCGGCGAAGAAUCAGGAAUGCUUUCAACAUUCUGGCACUUUUGUGGACAUAUGAAUGUUAUUCACUACAAUUUCCAGAACAAUCCAUAAAGAGCAUUUUUAUUGCAGCAUGACACUUGUAGUAUGUGCAGAUGUAAAAUGUGACUAUAACAUGCUACCAGUUAAACCAUCUACCUAAUGGUAGAGAUAAACACUGUCUUUUGUUGAGGUUUUCGAGGGGGCAAUGUUUCAUUUUUAAUAACAACCCUUUAAGGACCCGGUAUCCUCAGAUGCAGUGGAAGAACGAACAUGUCUUGAGGGCACAUAAAAGUUCGAAGGGCUUUGUGCCAGUCUACUCUUUUCAAAUAUCUCAACCCCCCUUUAUUUCUGGAGGCGGGGUUUAUAAAUAGUCGCUGUGCGUGUGUAUCUGUAAAACUACAAUUUGAAAGUGAAUUUUGUUUAGCUCUUCACAUGAUGAAACAUUUGACACAAUCUUAAGAUGCGGAUACAGUUGUACCAGCUCCGCACCGCGGCACACAAAAGUAGUGAUAGUUUUGAUAGUUGUAUAUUGUUGAUGUUGUUAAAAAGGUAUUCCUGUUUUAUCUCCGUGAAAUGAACAAGACAAUAUUCCCACUUUAAACCAGGCGGACUUAAGCUGGAAGUAUAAAU